AUGGACGAGCGAGACAGCAGCAAGGCGGCACAGGCCCACCGCCGCCUGUCCAAGAAGACACGAGAGCGCGCACCGCCGCCCGUCGCGUACAAUAACAAGUACAGCACCGCCAGCAGCCUGAAGCGUGCCCCGUCUGCCGCCUCGUACUUUGAGCGCUCCGGCAGCUACACCUCCGGCCUUGGCAUCUCUCCAGCCGCCGGCAGCAGCAGCCAUCCUGCCUCGUCGUCGUCCAGCAGCCUCCGCCGCUCGCCCUCGCUGCUCACGCCGCUGACCGAGAGCCGCACGGUGGAUGCGAGCGGCGCAUACCCCUUCCACGACGCCGCCAACACUACCACCGCCUCCGCCAGCCCCACCGCCACCGCCAGCGCCAGCACCACCACCACCACCUCCAGACUCCCCUCGGCCCACCAACUCACCGGCGACUCCUUCACCCACAUCGUCGCCGCCGCCCACAACUCCAAGCAGCCCCGCCCCCCCGGCCCCGUCCACGCCCACACGCUCGACGCCCACUCGCAGCCCUCACGCUUCAAGAAGCCCCCGCGCCUGCGCCAGUCCACGUCCUUCCAGCAGCUCGCCCGCAGGAUGGACACGCCGCCCUCGGGCUCCAAGAGCCCGCGCAACCGCUACAGCGACGAAGGCGAUGGCGCAAAGAGCCGCAGGCCCGACAGCAGCAAGAAAAAGGGCACCUUCUCCACCUUCAUGAGCAACAUGCUGGGCUCGCCGCGCCGCCCUACCAUCUCCACCCCCACCAACCCCAUGCACGUCACCCACGUCAGCAUCGACAACGAGACGGGCGAGUUCACCGGUCUCCCCAAGGAAUGGCAGCGCAUGCUGCAGCAGAAUGGCAUCACAGAGCAGGAGCAGAAGCAGCACCCCCAGGCCGCCAUGGACGUCGUCAACUUCUACAAGAACAACGCCGAGAAGAACGGCGACGACGACGUCUGGGAGAAGAUGGGCGCUGCCCACCCCCACCACCAGUCCUUCAACCCCGCCUACGGAUCCGCCCAGCCCCUCAGUCCCCCGCAAAGUCCACGAUUUCCACGCAACGAGCACGACAGCUUCGAAAACCCCAGAGCUCCGCCCCCCGUACCGCUACCCCGCAGCUUGACCUCGCCCGUCGCCAACACGCCUCAGCUCAAUGGCUCCAUCGUCUCUCACCGACCCGCUCCUCGCCCGCCCGGCGCUGCUUCGACUUCAGCGAACCUCGUCCCGGCCCGAGCUGCCCCUGCCGCCCCUGCCCAGAUCGUCACCCAGCAACCUCCUCGCCAGGAGAACGACACGCCCCAGCUCGUCUAUGCUUCUCCCCAGGCUACAGACAGCGCAUAUGGCACCUCUGCUUCCUCGGCACCGCGCAGCCGCGCCAACACCACAGGCGGGACACCUCCGCAAUACGAGUCUCCCUCCAACAGCCAGACUGCCAUCUCGUCUGCUCAGCAAUACCAGCAACAGCAAGCCCAAGCCAUGGCUGCUGUUCAGCAUUCCAUGAGUGUACACAAGCAGCAGCAGCAGCAGCCGCCGCAGCAGCCGCCACAUCUCGGUCGAAGUGUCAGCCAGAAAGUACCGCAAUCGCAGCCCUUCAACCAUGGGCCUCCAGCACACGUACAGCCCUCGCCGCAGCAACAGCUUGCUCAGCAAAUGGACCCACAGAACAUCCCUCUACCCUCGCAGCAGGCACGCGUUGGCCCAGCGCCUCGUCCUAGGCAACGGCCAAGGCAGAGCCAAGGUCCUGAUAUCGUCGCCAAGCUCAAUGCAAUCUGCACAAACGCCGACCCUACCCUCCGAUACCGUCAGCUGAACAAGAUCGGCCAGGGCGCUUCUGGUGGCGUGUACCAGGCCUAUGAAAUCGGCACCAACAAGUGUGUCGCUAUCAAGCAGAUGAACCUCGAACAGCAGCCCAAGAAAGACUUGAUCAUCAACGAGAUUCUGGUCAUGAAGGACAGCAGGCACAAGAACAUUGUCAACUUCAUGGACAGCUUCCUCGUACGAGGUGAUCUCUGGGUUGUCAUGGAGUACAUGGAGGGUGGCAGCUUGACUGAUGUAGUCACCUUCAACAUCAUGUCAGAGGGUCAGAUCGCCGCGGUCUGCAGGGAAGUCCUGCACGGUCUUCAGCAUCUGCACUCCAAGGGCGUCAUCCACCGAGACAUCAAAUCGGACAACAUCCUUCUGUCCCUCGAAGGCAACAUCAAGCUCACCGAUUUCGGUUUCUGCGCGCAGAUCAACGAGCACCACAACAAGCGCACGACAAUGGUCGGAACUCCAUACUGGAUGGCACCCGAGGUGGUCACACGCAAGGAGUACGGCCGCAAAGUUGAUAUCUGGUCGCUGGGCAUCAUGGCCAUCGAGAUGAUCGAAGGAGAACCGCCCUACUUGAACGAGAGCCCUCUCCGUGCGCUCUGGCUGAUUGCGACAAACGGCACGCCUACCAUCAAGGAAGAACACGCCUUGUCUCCAGUCUUCCGUGACUUUCUCGGAUUCUCACUGAAGGUCGAUCCUGACAAGCGUGCGAGUGCCCAUGAUCUUCUCGUGCACCCCUUUAUCCAGACUUCAGAACCGCUCAACACACUGUCGCCCUUGGUCUUGUCUGCGCGGAAAGCAAGAGCUGACGAGAGGAAGAAGAAGGGCGGUAUGUGA